AUGAAGGUGGUCUUGUGUUUUGUGCUGGGGUUCGCCGCCCUGGCCGCGGCACGGCCAGAUGUUGCAGAAACCACACUUCUUGGUAAAGUAGACACAGUGGAUAUUAAACAAAAGCAGUUUUUCAUCUUGAAGCUUCUGAACAACAUCAUGGGUCCAGUUAUGUACAAAGAGAUCGAAGACAUUGGCAAAAACUUCAAGAUUGAAGAUAAUGUAGACUUAUACACUAAACAAGUCGUGGUUAAAACUUUCCUAGACAACUGGAAGGUUGGAUUCCUGCCACGUGGUGAAGUCUUCACUCUUCAUAUUGAUCGUCAACUUAAGGAAGUCGUCACCAUUUUCCACAUGCUGUACUAUGCUAAGGACUUCACAACAUUCAUUAAGACUGCUUGUUGGAUGCGUCUUUACUUGAACGAAGGCAUGUUUGUUUACGCUUUUACUGUAGCUGUCAGACAUCGUGAUGACUGCAAAGGCAUCAUCCUGCCACCACCAUAUGAAAUCUAUCCAUACUACUUCGUCCGCGCCGAUGUCAUCCAAAAAGCAUACCUCUUAAAGAUGAAGAGAGGCCUUCUUGAUAACCACUUGACCGACUUCUACGGCAUCAAGAAAACUGACAAAGACGUCUACAUAAUUGAUGAAAACAUCUUUGACCGUCGCGUUUUCUUAAACGACGAAGAUAGGAUAAGAUACUUCACAGAAGAUAUUGGUCUCAACACUUACUAUUACUAUUUCCACGUGGACUAUCCAUUCUGGAUGAAAAGCGAUGUCACCAACAAGUUUAUGGUCAGGCGUUGGGAACUCACGUUCUACGUAUACCAGCAGAUACUAGCUAGGUACUAUUUGGAGCGUCUUUCCAAUGGCCUUGGUGAUAUCACAGACCUAUCGUGGCACAAACCUAUCCGUAAGGGUUACUGGCCAUGGAUGAUCCUUCAUAACGGUGUUCAACUGCCUGUAAGGUUUAAUAAUCAACAAUUUAUUGAUAACAACGACAUUGGUGUUGUUAACAUAGUUAAAGACUAUGAAAAGAUUAUCACUGAGGCAAUCAUCAAGGGAUUCAUAGAAAUUAAUGGUGUUAGGAUCGAAUUGACUAAAGCUGCAGACAUUGAAGUUUUAGGCAAACUUGUUUAUGGAACCAUUGAGAAAACUGAUCUGACUAAACUUCAAGUACAUGCUUACCGCUACCUUCUCAUAUUGAUGAAAGCUGUCGUUGGUCUCAAUACCUGGGCAUCUGAUAAAUACUUCGUUGUACCUUCUGUAUUGGACAGCUACCAAACUGCUCUACGUGAUCCAGUAUUCUACCAACUGCAGAAACGUUUAGUUCACUUUUUGAUUCUCUUCAAGAAUCGUCUCCCAAGCUACACUCGUGAGGACCUUUACUUCCCUGGAGUUAAAAUCAACAACGUAGUAGUUGACAAACUUGUUACCUACUUUGAUGAUUACUUUAUGGAUAUGACUAAUGCAGUAACCUUCACAGAAGAUGAACUCAAGAAGUCUUCAUCUGACAUGAUCUUCUUUGUACGCAAACGCCGUCUUAAUCAUCAACCUUUCAAAGUCACCUUUGAUGUUUUGUCAGACAAAACUGUCGACUCUGUAGUGCGAGUGUUCAUGGGACCAAAAGAAGAUCAUCUCGGUCGCUUGAUUGACAUAAACAAAAACAGAAUGAACUUCGUUGAAUUAGAUACUUUCCUUUACAAACUUACCACUGGAAAGAACACUAUUGUCAGAAACUCUUUCGAUAUGCACAAUCUCGUACGUGACCGCACAAUGACUCGUGACCUAUGGAAGAAGAUUGAUGGUAUUACUGACGUAAGAGAUUUGUUUAUGAAGGACCUCAGAAACUACCAUACCGGUUUCCCAACUAGGCUACUUCUACCUAAGGGUCGCAUUGGGGGUAUGAAGAUGAUGUUCUAUGUUAUCAUCACACCAUUGAAGAUGGUUGAUAACAUUGACACUUCAAUCCUCGAUACACACCGCAAGGAUCUCUUUGUAGACUUUAGAUCAACUGUAUUACUUGACAAGAUGCCCCUUGGAUUCCCAUUCGAUCGUCAUAUCGACACCACAAAGUUCUUCACGACUAACAUGAAAUUUGUUGACGUAAUAAUCUUCCACAAACCCCAAGUCAGCGAUAUGUGGACUCGUUGGAAUCGUUAUGUGCUUAGAAACUACGAUUUGCUUGACAAGACCCCUGUAGUUAACGACAACUACUUCAUUGAUGUAGAUGUUAACGCAAAAGUGGACAGAGAUGUCAACAUAUUCGAUAUUUCCUUCAUGUGCGUGUAUGCGCACGCGCCGCCGGAGGUAAACUACUACUACUACGCACGCGCCGUCAGAGUUAAGUUUGAGCUGUGGGAGAUGAAGACGAUAUUGUGUGUGGUGUUAGGGCUCGCGGCCAUGGCCGCAGCCCAUGUGGUUACCGACGACCACACAAUCGGUAAGAUAAACAUGGAUGUAAAGGAACGCCAAAUGUUUAUUUUGAAGUUACUUAAUCACGUAAUGGAACCAGUUGUUUACAAAGAUAUCGAAGACAUUGGCAAGAAUUUCAAGAUUGAGGAGAAUGUUGAGCUGUACACGAAACAAGAUGUUGUCAAAGUUUUCCUUAACAACCUGAAGUUUGGAUUUUUGCCUCGCGGUGAAGUAUUCACUCUUAAUGUUGAACGCCAACUGAAAGAGGUCGUCACGAUGUUCCAUAUGCUGUACUAUGCCAAGGACUUCACCACAUUCAUAAAGACUGCAUGCUGGAUGCGUAUGUACCUUAAUGAAGGUAUGUUUGUGUAUGCUCUUACUGUAGCAGUGAGACAUCGCGAAGAUUGCAAAGGUAUCAUUCUACCACCUCCUUAUGAAAUCUAUCCUUACUACUUCGUGCGCGCCGAUGUCAUUCAAAAGGCUUACAUGCUGAAAAUGAAGAAGGGUCUUAUUGACCAUAAGCUUUGCGACUUCUAUGGUAUCAAGAAAACUGAUAAGGACGUCUACAUAAUCGAUGAAAACGUUUUCGACCGUCGUCACUUCCUGAACGAUGAAGACAGGCUGAGAUACUUUACUGAAGAUAUCGACCUUAACACUUACUACUACUACUUCCAUGUUGACUAUCCAUUCUGGAUGAAGGAGGAUAUGACUAACAAGUUUAUGUUCAGACGCUGGGAGUUGACCUUAUACGUAUACCAACAAAUUCUUGCCAGGUAUUACAUGGAACGUCUUUCUAACGGAUUAGGUGAUAUUACUACAUUCUCAUGGAAUAAACCUAUCAGAAAGGGCUACUGGCCUUGGAUGAUGCUACACAAUGGUGUUGAAUUACCUGCCAGGUUUAACAACUAUAUGUUCAAUGAAGACAAAAACAUUGCCGUUAUGAAAGUUGUUCAAGACUAUGAGAGGAUAAUCAAUGAAGCUAUUGUUAAAGGAUUCAUUGAGAUUAACGGCCUGAGAUUGGAACUUACCAAAACUGAGGAUGUGGAGAUGCUCGGAAAGCUUAUUUACGGAACCGUUGAUAAGCUUGUUGACGUCAACAAGACCAAACUGGAGGCCUACCGAUACAUGCUUAUUUUAAUGAAGGCUGUUGUUGGCCUUAACUACUUCACCAAUGACAAGUAUUUCGUUAUGCCAUCUGUACUCGACAGCUACCAGACCGCUUUAAGAGACCCUGUGUUCUAUCAGCUACAGAAACGUUUAUGUUACCUCUUCAUGCUUUACAAGAUGCGCCUCCCUAGCUACACUCACGAAGAUCUCUUCUUCUCUGGUGUAAAGAUUGAUAAUAUUGUGGUUGACAAACUCGUCACUUACUUCGAUGACUACUUUAUGGAUAUGACUAAUGCGGUCACGCUCAACCAAGAAGAGCUGCACAAGACGAGGUCUGAUAUGAUCUUCUACGUUCGUAAACGCCGUCUUAAUCACCAACCAUUCAAAGUCGUCUUCGACAUUCAAUCAGACAAGGCCGUCGACAGUGUCGUCAGGAUAUUCUUGGGACCGAAGGUUGAUCACCUGGGUCGUUUAAUGGAUCUCAACAAGAACCGAGUAAACUUUGUCGAAUUAGAUUCCUUCCUUUACAAGCUUAACACUGGCAAGAACACCAUCACCAGAAACUCUUACGAUAUGCACAAUCUUGUGCGCGACCGUAUUAUGACCCGCGAUCUCUGGAAGAAGAUUGACACCAUUACUGAUGUGAAAGAUCUGUUAAUAAAGGAUCUCAGAAAUUACCAUACUGGAUUCCCUACAAGGCUACUCUUACCAAAGGGUCACGUUGGUGGCAUGAAGAUGAUGCUUUACAUAAUUGUCACACCUUUGAAGAUGGUUGAUGGUGUUGACAUUGGCAUCUUGGACACGAACCGUAAAGAUCUCUUUGUCGACUUUAGGUCAACUGUUCUACUUGAUAAAAUGCCUCUUGGUUUCCCAUUCGACCGUCACAUUGACCUUACUAAGUUCUUCACACCCAACAUGAAGUUUGUUGAUGUCUUCAUUUACCACAAAAAACAAGUUUGUGACAUGAAAACUCAUUGGGACCGGUACGUACUUAAGAACUACGACUUGGUCGAUAGAACUACCGUACUUGACAACUACAACGUUGAUGUAGAUUUCGAGACCACGGCUGGUGGAAAAAUAAAAGAUUUCUACUGAAUAAAAAAAUGAAA